CACCAGGUUAAAAACGAAUUAAUUAGCAAGAAUCAGGUGCCUCCCCCAUUGUUAGAGAUUCUAUAUCAACUUUGUGAUUUCCAUAUCAACUUUGUAUUCUGAGUAAUGGAUAUUAACGGAAAGCUGUUUCUUCUGCCUAAUAUCUCUCUCUAUUCCUUGUUCUCCACUACUAUUUAGUUCAGUGAAUUAAUCUUUUUUUGAGACUAAGUGGCGUUCAUCGUAUUAAUAAUUUCUUCAAUUUGGGAUGUUGAAUUAUAAUUUUCACGAGAAUUUGGAGGAAGUGCAUCAGAAGCAUGAUUCAGGAGCGGCAUUACACAGAUGGGGAAAUAAUACCAGGGAUAUUGUCAUAAAGGAGCCAAAACGAAGGGUUCGUUUCGCUACUAACCUCCCCAAGCUCAACAAUGAUGCUGCUGCUAUGCCCCGGACGAAACAGCAACUAACUGACCUCAAAAUACCCUUCCAUGUAAUAAAAGAUUGUACCCAAGACUUUAGUGAAAGAAACUUCAUUAGGAAGGGUGGUUAUGGAAAGGUCUAUAUUGGGAUCCUCACAUGGACAAGUCAUGUAAAUCGAUUGGUUGCUGUAAAGAGGCUAGAUGUGACCGGAUUUCAGGGUAACAAGGAGUUCCGUACAGAGGUUACAAUGCUUUCAGAGUAUCAACACAAAAAUAUUAUAACACUUAUAGGGUUUUGUGAUGAUAACAAUGAAAUGAUCCUUGUUUAUGAAUAUGCAAUCCAUGGAAGCCUUGACAAAUAUUUAAGUGAUAGUACCAUGGCAUAUACACUGCCAUGGCACAUAAUUCUUAAAAUAUGUGUUGGUGUUGCUUCUGCAUUAGACUAUCUUCAUAACCAAGUGGCCGAAAAACAUAGAAUAAUCCAUCGUGAUGUGAAAAGCGCGAAUAUUUUGUUGGAUGCAAAUUGGAAUGCAAAACUUUCCGAUUUUGGGUUAGCUAGAAUAGGUUUAGCAAAUCAACAAAAUACCUUUGUGAUCACUAACCCUGCCGGCACAUAUGGUUAUAUUGACCCACAAUAUGAAAGAACAGGGUUUUUAACAAAAGAGUCGGACAUUUAUUCGUUUGGUGUGGUUUUGUUUGAAGUUAUGUGUGGAAGGUUGGCAUGUGUUUUUAACUACCAUGAUGAGCGUCGGUUCCUACAUCAUUUAGCUCAAAUUCGGUACAAAAAUGGAGAGUUGGAUAAGAUUAUUAAUCACAGGAUAAAGAUAGAAAGCAAUACAAGAUCAUUAAGCAAGUUCUCAGCUAUUGCAUACCAAUGCUUGCAUAAAACUCGAGAAGAACGACCUACAAGUGCUGAGAUUCUAAUCCAACUUAAGGAAGCCUUGAAAAUUCAAAUAAAUAAUGGAUAACCAACCAAAACAUCAAAGCUAAGGAGGAAUUGAUGAAUAAGUAAAACUUAAUUUUAUGGUUAUCUAGGGAAAUAGCGAGGUAACACAAUACUAUAGUUUGGCCUUCUACAAAGUGAAAAAACAUUGUCAAGAUUAACAACUAUAUAUUUCAUUCUAUAUAUAAUAUGUCCUUACCUAUAAACCUUCAUUAACUCAUAAUCCUCAAUAGCAGCACAUGAUGCUACCACAUAAGGUAGUUCACCCAAUUAACUUGUUUUAGGAAAAAGGUGUGAUAUUGGUCACUAGAAGUUGAGUAUUAGACUUUAUAUGGAAUGGAACAUUCAUCGUAUCAUAAUAAUUACAAUUGAAAAAACAUAACACAUUGGAUAAAAUUAGUUCUUAUAUGAUAUUCCACACAGUUAAUGGAUAAAAGGAUAUCACAAAAUUUUCACUUGAACAAGGUGAUUUAUAUCUAGAUAUAAACUAAUGAAAAGUCAUACAUAUGCUCUCCGUUAUGUGCCAAAUUUAGUUUGCAAAUGUAAUCUUGUUUCUUUUCAACUACUUUCCAAUGUUGUAAAAAUUGUCAUAGGUGGUCGGCUAGGUGGAACCUGUUGGAGUAAUUCAAAAUCUAGGACAAAAAUAAUCCAGAGGUAUUUUGGGAAAUUUUAGGAAAUCUUUCCUAAUUUAAAGUUUUAGAGUUCAGUUAUGUCUAGUGUAAGUGGGGUUAUGUUUUUAAUGUUUUAGUAUUUUUUUUAUUAUGAUUUCCUCAAUAAAGCUUAGAAACAAAGCAAUUUUCCUAGAAAUUUAUUUGUUCCUUGUUCUUCUUCCAUUAUCAUGUGUUCUUUUGUUUUAGUUCUUAUUGUGUAC